UCAAAAUUUACUCUUAACAGCAUUUGCUUGGUGAUUUUUGUGUAAUUUAUUAAAACUAUUUUAAUCAUGCCGUUCAUGUGCCAAAAUGAUAGUUACACAACGCUGCACACUGCUGUUGUGCAGACAGUCACUCCUGCAAAAUGCAAAGUGUCAAUAUCUGGCGGAAAAGAACAAAUGACUGAAGGUUAUGAAGUUAUUUUAGACGACACUAUUUUAUUUCCUGAAGGAGGGGGCCAACCUGAUGAUAGGGGAACUAUAGAUGAAGUUCCAGUUCUUAGGGUGACGAGAAGAGGGGGCGAUGCUGUUCAUUUUGUUCCGUCUAAACUUGAAGAAGGCCAGGAAGUAAAAUUAAAAGUUGAUUGGGAACGUAGAUUCGAUCACAUGCAGCAACAUACUGGUCAACAUUUGAUUACCGCAAUCGUUGACAAAAAAUUCGGACAUCAGACAACUUCAUGGGAUUUAGGAAGGAACGUAUCAUUUAUUGAACUGGAUACUUUGAGUUUAACGAUAGCUCAAAUGCAAGAGGUUGAAGACGAGUGCAAUCAGAAAAUCAGAGAUUCUACUCCAGUUACUGUUCAUGUAACAGAAGUUGGAUCGACUUUGCUCAAAAAUGUCCGAGCUCGAGGUCUCCCGGAAGAUCAUGUCGGGUCUGUUAGAAUUAUCGAUAUAAAUGGAAUCGAUGCCAAUAUGUGUUGUGGGACUCAUGUGAAAAAUCUCUCAGAUUUGCAGUGUGUAAAACUCCUUAGCGUGGAGAAAGGCAAAAAAGGUAAAUGCAAUCUUUAUUUUCUCGUCGGGAAUCGUGUACUCGAUUUUGUUGCUAAAAAAUAUGCAGACGAAAAAUCUUUAACAAAAAUAUUAAAAUGUGGACCGAUUGAACAUGUCGAGGCCGUCGAAAGAAGUGUAAAGCAAUUAAAACAAACUCAAAAAGAAGCCAAAAUUCUUCUCCGAGAAGUCGCUUCAUUUGAAGCAAAAUCUUUCAAGUUAUCUGUAUCAGAAAACAGAUACUUGCGUCUUCAUCGCAAAGAAGGAAAUAAUGAAUAUAUGAACAUCGUUGCAAAUGAACUAAAAGGGAUUGAAUGUUACUUAUUUCUCACAGUUGGUGAUGAGAAAGGGGAAGGCUUAUUCUUACUUUCAGGCCCAGAUAAAUUUUUAGAAGAGUGUGGCAAAAAUAUUAGCGAUGCAAUUCAAGGAAAAGGUGCAAUGAAUGCUGGCAAAAUACAGGGAAAGGCGCUCAAUAUGAAAGGAUGCAAGCAAGCUGAAGAAUUGAUUAGAACAUUCAUGUCAAAAUAAAUUUUUUUUUAUUCAUUCUCUGCUUUGUACACAGUGUCCUUCUAUAAGCUUGUUUUGGAGAACUCGCAUACGGAAUACAAUAUUUUCAUACUUGAUUAACCCUUACCAACCAACGUACGUACCAACGACAAAACUCGCUAGAUCGCGGUGGGUACUUUAAGUUAAGUCGCAAACUGUUGGUCUAGUUUUUACUGGGUUUUAGUUUAUUGAAAAGAAGUCUUCUUCGAGAUUUUUAACAUAAGCGACGUUAAGUUUAAAUAAACUUUCCAACGAGCCGUCAGUGGGCAGCAGAGGAUCAUUAGGCAUUCGUUAGUCGAUCGAUUAGAUGUGGGGGUACAAAUGCAUAAAAUCGGCGUAGCAAAUACGAUUAUUUAAUAAUAAAUAAAAACACAUGGAAAGGGUUAAUUACCGCAUUUUACCCAGUCAUCCAUAUUACUUUCUCCCUCACCAAACAAGGUACAUAAAAAUUCCUAGCCUCGUUAUAAUGUAUGUAUUAGCCAUAUGACACCAAGUAGUCUAUCUCAAUGAACCAUUUUUCAUCUUUGUUAUUUGGACACAGAUUUGUAAUCACAGUAUUGCUAUUUUAAAAACUGUUUGGAAUUUGAAUAAUCACAGUUAGUAAUCAUGCACUGUUAUUUUUUUGAGGAUAUGCCAUUCUUACAUUGAAAACUAGAAGAAAAAGUUAUGAUUUGUUAUAUUUGGUGGUACAUCUUACUUUCAGGAGUUCUUUUCUGUAACGUUUUGUCUGCAAAGUCCCCAGACCAGUUUACAAUUAUAAGCCAUGUUUGAGGUUUUUGAGUCAUUAAUUUUAACAUAUCAUCCUUUUUUUGAAUUCUGAUCUUUUUUAGCGGUAUUCAGAACUAUAAAAUACAAAGUACUUUGAAAAAGCAAAUAACUUGACAGAACUUAUUACAUUGCAUUUCCCCAAGCCUGGAAAGAACGCAUUUUUGUUAGAUUAGCCAUUUAUUACUUAAGACACUCACCCUUGAGUGAUACAUACCAUAUAUGCACAUACUCCUAUAAACUUGACUAUUUCUCCCAUUUAUAGUAUGUGGUAUCUUUUCUCGAGUGUGCUACAUGUCCAAAUUUUAUUCUUAUGUAUAUAUAUUAUGUAUUAUAUUCCAUGUUGUAUUGUCUCAAUUUAUUGAUGUUGUCUUGUCCUACCAACUCCUUUGUACAAACAGUUGGGCAUACUCCACCCUUACCCAUGUUGCCUAAUCCACCCUCCUCGCACAACUGUCUGUAUGAAGGACCAUAUUAUACUUAUUCGAUUUAUUGCAUUUUAGGCUUAGCAUAAGGGGUGUAUGCCGCACGUUCAUGUGUUUUAGGCCAGUGUGGUCUUGUGUAUACAUUCCGUCUUCAAUGUUGAUAUUUACUAACUCCUGUGUUUCUGCUUUUACGAGACGAAUAAACAUACAUACAUACAUACAUACCGGUAGGUGGUAUUACCUUCGGACAUAUUCAUGCAGAAUAUUUAUGAUAAGAUCCUAAAACAGAAUACUGAAUUAUUAGAUAUAAAUAAAGGGGUCUGUAAAAUACCGUCUCCCACUUUUACGGUGCUCGUUGGAGGUGAUAUUUUCGAGACACUGAGAAUACUGCUACCAACCUACUUGAGAGUUAUUAGAUAUAACUUUGUGGUUGGAAUAUAUUUUGGGAAAAUUUUAAACCCUUUUUUAAUUUAUAUGGUGCAUUCAUUUAAUUUUAAUCUUCCUAUUUAUAGUACUUGAAUUAUAUUUCAUUUGAUUCUUAUAGUUCAAACAAUAUCUUAAUCAAAAUUCAUCAUGACUUAUAUUUAAAUGUAUUUCAUGUGCAUAUUUCUACA